GAAAAAAAACAAGAAGGGAGUUGCCAGUUGCCACUCUCAAUUCAAAGUUCUUGAAAUUUUCUUGUUUGUAUUUCAUCACCAUUUUGUCUUCACACACCCCUCCCCCUUCUUCCCCUCUUUUCAGUUUCAAAUCUAGGGUUUCUGUGUACUCUUUACAGCCCAUUCUUCCCUUCAAAAUUUUUGAGUUUUGCUCACAUUUUUAAUCAAACCCUUCUGUUUUCAACCAAGAUUUCUCACUCAGCAGCCACUAGAACUAUAAAGAUUCAAUCUUUAUCAUUUUUUAGGGCUUUUAGAGUGGUUUUUAAUCAAACCCAUCUUUUUUCACUCAGCAGCCACUAGGAAUGUAAAGUUUCAAUCUUUAUCAUAUUUUAGUGCUUUUAGAGUGGUUUUUUUUUCAUAUUCUCAUGUUUUAGAACAACCCCAUUAAAGCUUUUGUCAAGAUUUUGGUAAAUUGUAUUGAUAUAGAAUCUGGGUUGGUGUUAUUUUGUCUUUCUUGAGUGAAUUGCUGAGUAAAUGCAUGGAUAGUAGAGAAGAAAUGACACUUUCAGGGUCAUCACCUUACUAUUUUAACGGAGGGAUAGGUGGGCCCGUCCUUGAUUCACCUGAAUUUAAGGACUUCUCAAACCCUAAUGAUUCAGUUGAGACCAAUGUGAUGGUUAGUCAUCUGGGUCCUACUCAAAAUGUUGAAAAUUUGGGUACUAAUUUUGGUGAGGAGAUGAACAUGGUUAUGAAUUCUGGUGGUUAUGGUGGUGGUAUGGCUUCGGGGGAGGUUGAUUUAAGUAAGAAGAAGAGGGGGAGGCCUAGGAAAUAUGGGCCUGAUGGGGCCAAUGUGGCUUUGGCAUUGUCCCCAUUGUCGUCGAAUCUUUCAGCUGGUUCGGGUACAGAGGUGGAGAGGAAGAAUAGAGGGAGGCCUAAAGGGAGCGGAAGGAAGCAAAGAUUAGCAUCUCUUGGCGAAUGGAUGAAUAGUUCAGCCGGAAUGGCCUUUACACCACACGUCAUUCACAUUGGAGCAGGAGAGGAUAUUGCAUCAAAGAUUUUACUCUUCGCUCAACAGAGACCAAGGGCUUUAUGCAUUAUGUCUGCAAAUGGCACAGUUUCUGCUGUGACUCUAACCCAGCCUGAAUCUUCUCAUGACUCUGUCACAUAUGAGGGCCGUUUCCAGAUAUUGUGUUUGUCAGGUUCAUACUUGCUCUCUGAGGGUGGCGGACCACGUGAUCGAACUGGGGGUCUAAGUGUAUCUGUCUGCAGUCCUGAUGGCCAUGUGAUAGGAGGUGCAGUUGGGGGAAGGCUUAUUGCAGCGAGCUUGGUUCAGGUCAUUGUUUGCAGCUUUGUAUAUGGUGAUUCAAAGGCAAAGAUCAAUCCAAAUGGGGCAGCGGCCAAAGCUGACCUUGAUUCCGAAGUGCAACCCACAGAAAAACUAUCUACUCCAGGUAGUGCAGGGCCCAGUGGAGAUAUUACCCCCAACUUGGCACCAGCUGGUGCUGAAGAUAUUUCCCUUAAACCAGCAAUUGCUGAUUGUCCCCCAGAUUCUCAGCCGGGUAUUACUGAUAUAAAAACGGAAAUUGACCUAGCCCAUGGUUGAGGCAUUUACUGCAACAAUGAUGUGGAGAAGUUGAUCAUACCUUGUUACAAGAGCUUAGAAAAUGGGUUUAACAUAACUGUUGAUGUAACAGAACGCCAUUUUGGGGUUCUCAAAGUAGGAAUAUUAGGAAGUUGGUGUAGUUAAACGAGUUAUCGUAUGUUUUGAUGACAAUGUAGGUUGGUAGUUGUUGGAAGCUGUUUAGUGGAAACUUUUAGCUAGGCCUAGUAAACUGUUGAUGAUAAUGUUUGAAUUUGUUCUAAUUUGUGUCGAAUUGUGCUUUGUAUGGAGAAACGUUUCCGCAUUUUGCAAAUUAGGUUGUAAAAUACUCCUAUUCAUCCUGAUCAUUUAUUUACCUUUUACUUUUUAUA